ACCUGCCCUUGUUUGAAAUGAAACUUAGAGCUGUCCUGCACAGACGAAGGGAAUUACUUGAAUUGCAUGGAGAUGCAAUAACAUUGAGUGAUUGCCGAGAAGCUGUGCGCAGAAAGUUUGGUUUGAGAACAGGCAGUUUUAAUCUGAGUCUGAAUGGCCAAGAUGUUUUAGACAAUGACUCGGUGCUACUCACAGAUCUGGGAAUAGUACAUGGUGACUUAAUCUACAUUUUGCAGAACUCCGGAGAGCAAGGAAAUGCACUAGCCAGCCAAAAUACUCCUGGUUCUUCCAGGGAUACCUUGCAUACUGAUCAACAAGUUCCAUGUACCUCAGCUGAGCAUGUAAGUGAUCCAGCCCAGCAUAGCACAGUGUCAUUGACUCUGGAACAACAGCAUGAUAAUCAGGGAAAAGAAAAGGCCAGAAAGAGUGAAACAGAACAGGCUCAUCGGUACAGCACAGGAUCAGUAUCCUCACUCGGAUCAUCCAUUCUUCUUUGUCGAGAGGGAAUUCCACAAACAUUGGAAGACUUGUACAAAGCUAUGGAUGUUGGCACCAUUCAUGAAGCUGCCUGGGUAGUGAUUCAUGUUUUGAUGAUGGAGACUGGAUACAUCUGUGCAUCAGAGGAUUCAAUGGACAAAACAGAAGUCGAUGAUUCAAGCAGGGUUGUGCCUUGUAAGGAUUGGAAGAAGGGUGGUAUCACAAGAAUUAUGUACACACACUUGUCUUGUCCUGGUCUGACAUGCUCUUUGACGUGUACAUCUUUAGGACCUUACAUCAUGGUUCAUGGUCUGGCUGAUUCAGUGCCAAAAAGUGAAAUAUAUCAGUGCAAGUUACAACCAACUGAUUUUGUGAGGGGAAAUGUGGAUCUUAAAACAAAUGGUGCUUCAUCAGUUUAUUACAAUCUUCACCGACUGUCCAGACUGUUCAAGGACCAAGUGGCUUAUCCAUUGUUGUCCUUUAUGAGAGCUGCUCUGGGAUUACCACAGUUGUGUGGUUUCAUGGCUGUUCCUGCAGAAGUCAAGGUACACAUUUUACUGUGGGUUAAUACUAUCAUGUUAUUUAUUUUAGAGUGUUGUUUUUCAAUUGAGUGUUGAAAGUUAUCAGG